UUUCGGACCUCAAGAAACGCCUGGCGGAACACAAGGCGAAGAUGGCGGAAGCGCGGGCGGGCGGCAGCAGUGGCGAGGCCACGCCUGUGGGAGCCGGUCAAACACCAACGAUAGGUGGAUACGCCGCAACGUCCACGGCACCGCCGCCAGCGACCACUCCCUCUCAAUUCUCCUAUCCUCAGCCCUACGGCGCCGCCGCAGCCGCCGCUUCUCCCUUCCAGCAACCCCCUCAACAAACGGCCAGCCCCGUGUAUCCGACCUUCUCGCCCGGUGGUCAGGCGAAUGCGCAGUAUGCUGCUCCUCCCACGACCUUCUCCCCGCAGCCGUUUUCGACUGGGGUUUCCGGCCAACCGCCGUACGGUGCCACACCGCCGACAUACCCGACGCAACAGUCCCCUCCCCAGACACACACUCCCCCGCAGCUCGGGGGCGCCUUCCCACCCCGUCCUGUCGGGCUGCCCGCUGCGCCUGGUCUCCCUCAGCGGCCGGCCGUGGGGGCCCCGCAGGUUAACGCCUACCAAAUGCAACAGAUGCACAUGGGCCACACGGUUCCCCCGACCACCGGCAUGAACGGCGCCGACAAGGCUUCCGGAGCGGCGGCGGAAAGCACGGGGUUCUCCGGUUCCGUGGACGAUUUGAUCUCCGGGGCGGCGAAGCAGGCCGAAGCGGCGACGGCGACACCACCGACGACCACGACCACGACUGCCGGCAAACCGGCCGAGGGCGAGGACCAAAAGCCCAAGAAGGACAAGUCCAAGGCGCGAUUGGUGUAUUCGGAUAACGAGACCAGCCCGGAGGAGAAGAUGGCUAGGUUGUCAAGGUACGCAUAUGUUCCUGACCAGCGAGGGGAGACGGUACUUGAAGAGCUUCCAUCCGCCGUGGUGGUGGGGGCGAUCCGGGAGUCGGACACGGUGGUGGAUGCGACGGAUUAGUGCAAGCACAUUCGUACCCGCAGACACAAAACACAUACAAACGCCGAAGGAAAGCAAGCAAAAAAAGAAAAGUCCCAAAAAAGAAAUUCAGAAAAUACACAUCAGCUAAGUUUCUGUUCACAUCACAUCACAUCACACACAUACACACCAAACUGUCAAUGUCUUGUUGUUUGCUACUACUUGACUCGGUGGCAGUGGGUAGGCCGUGGCCUUUGUCUGGGUUGGCCGUCAUUUUCUCCUUCGGAAAAGUGAGCACCGACUGUGCAUGCAACAAGAAAAGAGUAGUUGGUGAGUGCAGAACCUUUUGCUUUGUUACUUUUCUGUGAGAACGACCGAACGAACGAAUCGACAAUUCCAGGGAUUUGAGUCGAGUGAUUGCGGGGUGGGGGACCAGAUUGAUUGGACGUUUAGUAUGGUAUGACUAUGUAAGUUGCGUCUAGAAGGUAGGCCACUUAAAAUAUUGAAUAUGAGAUCAG